CUGGAAAAAUAAUUCUCUCUCCCUUUCCCCCGCCUCGGCGCUCACGCUUCCCCCUCCACGGUGGCCAAAAUCCCAUGUCAUUCUGCUUCAAGUGACUUCAUGUGAUGUCAGCUUUAAAUGUAAGAGACAGCGAUCUGACGCUCGGGAAGAUGUUUGUUAUCAAAAUCUGACAGUGUGGCCACACCGCGGUGCUCGGAUGCGUCUCUUCGGCAGUGGGCAAAGAGAUGGCCUCCUCUGCUUCGCUGGAGACGGCCAUGCCUUCGCCCUGUGUCCGAAAUGGAGCGGCCAACCCUUCCAAGACUUUGGCCUUCUCCAUCGAGCGGAUCAUGGCCAAGAGCUCCGAGCCUCAUCACAAACCCCAAGCCGCCGCCGCCGCCGCCGCCGCCGCCUUCGAGGCGAGGCGCAGCGAGUCGCCCAGCAAGAAGCUGCUGAGCCUCUGCUCGCCCAUCCCUUGCGUGAUUCCCAUCCAGCCUCUGCCGGGCUACGAAGUGCCCUCCAAGACUCUCCUCAACUACUCGGAGCUGUGGAAAAGUAGCUUGAGGAACUGCGGCUCUAUUGGCGGCGGCGGUUCGACGGGGGGCUUCUGCAAAGCCAGCUGCGGCGUGUGUUGCAAGGGGGACCUCCAUCACCACCUCGGCCCGGCCGCCUUUUCGGCCAGCUCCAACCGGGUGAUCAAGCCCCAGGUGAUCAACCAGGCGCUGGCCAUGCCGGCCAACGGAUCUAGCCUCUACUACUUCAACUACCUGGAUUCUUCGUCGUACCACCCGUCGGAGAUCCUCCACGGACAGCUCUUCACCUCCAGCCUCCUUCACCACUCCCAAAGCCCCGCCGCCGCCGCCCUUUCGGCUCACCAGAAGCUCUUCUUGCUGGAAAACGCCAAGCUGGCCGCCUUGGCCCCGCCGGAGAAGUUCCCCAACGCCCAGUAUCCGCACAAGGAGCGCCUGCCCGGGCACCUGGACCAAGUGAUGAAGGAGAACACGGGCCUGGCCGGUGAGAGGAACGGGGUGAAAGCCCACCAUGGCAAACUCGGCGGCGGGGCCGGCGGCGGCGGGGCUGGCGGCGCCGCUACGGACGGAAAGCCCAAGAACUUUACCUGCGAGGUGUGCGGCAAGGUGUUCAAUGCUCAUUAUAACCUUACGCGCCACAUGCCGGUUCACACGGGAGCCAGGCCCUUCGUUUGCAAAGUUUGCGGGAAAGGUUUCCGCCAGGCCAGCACUCUCUGUAGACACAAAAUCAUUCAUACGCAGGAAAAACCCCAUAAGUGUAACCAAUGCGGGAAAGCUUUCAAUAGAAGUUCCACGCUAAACACUCACAUUAGAAUCCACGCAGGCUACAAACCUUUCGUCUGUGAAUUUUGUGGCAAAGGAUUUCAUCAAAAAGGGAAUUAUAAAAACCAUAAACUGACCCACAGCGGCGAAAAGCAGUACAAGUGCACCAUCUGCAAUAAAGCUUUCCACCAGAUCUACAAUUUGACCUUCCACAUGCACACGCACAACGACAAGAAGCCCUUCACUUGUGUCACCUGCGGCAAAGGCUUUUGCAGGAACUUUGACUUAAAGAAACACGUGCGGAAACUUCACGACACGGUCUCCGCCGCCGCCACGCCUUCCGCAAAGGAGCUCUCUAGGACCGUGCAAAGCUAAAAGCCUGCGUGCAUGGGCGGCAGGUCUUUUUCUGCGGCGAUCCAAGCGACUCGGACUCAGACUUCACGAGAUCGCGGACCCUUUCCUAGGAGGCCUGAGAAGCCCCCCAAUCAGCCUAUCUCACGCACACACAAAGCCGAAGAGAGAGAAUCACCCUUUGGGUGUGUUGAUAUAUAUAUACACAGAUAUAUAAAUUUAUAUAUAUAUAUAUUUAAAAAAGGGAAACAUAUUUAAAAUUUCGUUGCUGCUGAGGAUGCAAGAGGCCUGCUCUGGAAAUACUUACGGAUCUUGAUUGAACUAAAGGCGACGUUUCUCCGACGGGCAGCCGGGACUGUAAAGAUCGACAGCCGCCCAAGCAUUCUAUAUAUGUAUAUAUGGCUGUAAAUUUAAAUUUUAAUGUACACCCGGAUAAGUAAGGAAUAUAUCUUCUAUGAGGCAAUAAAAAUCGCUUAAUAGGAGUCUCA